CGGUACUGUACAAAUAGGACUGACACAGACACAUUCAGUGGAUUUACAUUAAAGUUGUUCAACCUUUCUUUAACAAAGCCCAGAGGCCAGAACAUAAUGACUACAGGUAUCAAAAUAUCCUUUUGCAUUGGACUUGCUGUUGUACUCACAGGUGUGGGAAAGUCUGCCUUUAUUGGGAAGAGCCACAGCGAAGGGAAGGACAAUCCUGUGCUGCAGUAUGUUGUUAACAACUCACUGAGAGAGCACCCAGUCCUCACCAAACUCAGACUGAGAACCCUUGAAGACCCCUGGAACAUAAUGAUGGUUGCCAGUGAACAAGCCCAGUUUAUGGCAAAUCUAAUUAGACUGAUAAAUGCAACAAAAGCUAUUGAAAUUGGAAUGUACACAGGGUACAACACCCUCAGCAUGGCUUUGGCCAUGCCAGAGAAUGGAAGUGUGGUAGCUUGUGAAAUAGAAGACACCUACGUGGACAUUGCCAAACCGUUUUUUAAAGAGGCUGGAGUUGAAAAUAAGAUAGAUGUACGCCAUCAAAUAGCCAUGAAAACACUAAGUGACCUGAUUGCAGCAGGGGAAGCUGGAACAUAUGACUUUGUGUUCAUCGACGCUGAUAAAUUCAACUAUGACAGAUACUACGAGAAGUCCCUUGAGCUCAUACGAACAGGGGGAAUCAUCGCAAUUGACAAUGUGCUGUGGAGCGGAAAGGUACUGAAUCCUGCUCCCAAUGACCUCACAUCCCAGGCUCUGGAUAGCCUCAAUAAGAAGCUACACAAGGACCAGAGGAUUGAUCUGAGCAUGCUCAUUAUGGGCGACGGGCUGUCCAUUGUCAUUAAACGCUAAAUGGUGCAUUAGUUUUGAUAUUAAAUAUAAAUGUGUAGCAGUACUACAUUGCCUUCUGUACUUUUUGUCAGCCAAAACAAUCAUACAUUGAAUGUCUUUUCUACAGCAGAUAAAAAAUUGCAACUUCCUCCCAGAAAUCAUAAAAGAGCAAUUAAUAAAACAAAUAUACAGUUUCAUCAAAAUGUAAUCAUUCCAAAAUCAACAAAUAAAUACCACAGUGCUACCGCUCAGGAACAGAUAAACAUAAAAACAAAUAACAUAGUGGUUUUCUUUGUAACAGAACAUGAAACAU